AUGAACUGCACGUGGAACAAGGACAGAGGUGAUCCAAACGCAGGCUUUAUUAAGAGGAGAAUCCAGAGACAGGUACAAGGAAACAGGCAGGGGUCAAAACCAGAAAACAGAAAAUCAAUAAUAAGCCUUGAAUGUGGUGAUUUGUGUUAUUUAACAGAACGUAAUGAGCUCCGGAUUGUCCUGGUUGGAAAGACCGGCGUUGGGAAAAGUGCCACUGGAAACACCAUCCUGGGAGAAGAAGUCUUCAAAUCACAUCGUUCACCUUCAUCUGUAACCCGAGAGUCUGAAAAGAAAUCUAGGAUUAUUAAUGGAAGAAAGAUUUCAAUUAUUGACACUCCUGGUGUUUUUGGCACAAGUUUGAGUCAUGAAGAGCUAGAGAAAGAAAUUAAGACGUGUAUAUCUUAUUCUACUCCUGGUCCACAUGCCUUUCUGAUUGUUCUUACAUUGGAAAGAUACACAGAAAAAGAUGCAAAAGCAAUAGAAUACAUUGAAAGAUUAUUUGGUAAAAAGGCAUUAAAUUACUCCAUGGUGCUGUUCACUCAUGCGGAUGAACUAGAAGGCCAGGACAUUAAAACAUUUGUGCGCAAGAGUCCAGAAUUACAAGAAUUUGUCCAGAGAUGCGGGGGACAAUAUUUUGGGAUUGAUAAUAAUAAUAAGGAUCCAGAACAGGUUAUGAGGCUGCUACACAAGAUUGAUGAAAUGGUUCUUGAUAAUGGUGGAGAAUAUUACAGUAAUGCCAUGCUUCAGGAGGCAGAGAGAGCGAUUGAGGAAGAGACACAACGGAUCCUGAAAGAGAAUGAAGAACAACGAAAGAGGGAAAUGGAGGCUCUAAAGUACAAGUUUCAAGAGGAAGAACUAGAGAAAAUGCGAAAAGAAUUAGCAAAGGCUCAAGAGGAACUGAUAAGAAAAACCAGUAUCAUUCACAAUACAGUAGAGAGCGUUAAGAGGAUCGUCAAUUGGAUAGUUUCACCUUUUAGCCAAUGA